AAGGCUGGCGCUGUAUUUAGCAUCCGGGAGUCGGAGAACAACAACAGCCCCAUCACGCCCGUGCUUCUUAAGCUACCGUAGUUGAUUAAUUAAAGACACGCUACCCCCAUAUCAUCUUUCUUGCGGUCACCGUCGCCUUCCCCAGGAACAAUUUGGUUGCCUUCACCCUGUCUGUAACGCCAGACCGUGGUUAAAAAACGAUCGCAAUUUCAUUCCCUUGCCGCUGGGUGACAAACGCCCCCCUUGGGAGUACCGUAGUCCAAGCAGCCCGUCAAACCGCCGGGACCACCUGUCGGACGUUUGUUUCCACCCCGGCCCCUUAAACUGAAAGAUCAAUUUAUUAUUUCUUGACAGUUGUUGCCUGGCCGCCGCAGUCCAUUUCAGGUGCUCCCAUCGGUCCACUGCAGUCGCAUCGCAAAAAGGAGACCAAGAACGUUGCGCUUAUCGUUCCCUCCAUCGAGAUGUCUGCGACAACCAAAAAACCGGGGACUCCCGCCAAUCCGAGUCGUUUAUCCUCGUCCGAGAGUCACUCAGUGAAUGGGUCAACGCCACGGAGCCACUCCAAAUCACCCAGCACCGCCUCCAACGGCUUAAAUCGUACCCCUUCGACUCGAGGAUCUCCCGUUUCUGCUCGUGCUGCUGCCAGAAAGCCCGGUCGAUCGAACCUCAGCAUGUCUAGUGUACCGCGAGUUACAAACGAUCCUUCCGAGGAGGACGCCCGAGCGCAAAAUGCAGCGCUCAUCGGGGAGCUGAAAGAACAGCUGCAGAAGGCAGAGACAGCGUCGGAGCAAUACCGCAAGCAAUUAGGGGUUCUGCAGAUGCGUCUGGACGAGGCGAUCAGCGAACAGGGGAAGUUGGAGGAUCAGGUCCAUGAAAAGGAUAGCAAGAUCGAAGCGUUGGACAACGAGAUCCGCGAACAUGCGCGACAGAUCCGUGACCUCGAGCAGGCUCACGAAACGGAGAGAAACGCCAUGCUGCAGGAUAAGGAGCAGCAGGCUAGUCGAGAUGAAGAACUACAGGCGACGAUCCAGCGUCUCAAAGAGUCACUAGCCCAAAAGGAUCGCAUCAAUGCGGAGGGAGAGCGAAACGUGUCGCGUUCCUCAAGUUUCCGGAAUCGUGCAUCGCCCGAUGUGGACAGCGGCCAGUUUGCCCCCUCCACUCAGAUCGAGCGCAGCCCGUCUCGAAACAAUUCUAAAUUGCUCCUGCAGAAGGACAAGCUAAUCGAGUCCCUGCGUCUGGAGCUUGCUGAGUCCCAGAUCAAGCUCGUCGAGAUGGAAAACAUGGGAGGAGGUCGCCAGCGUGAAUUGGAGAAAGAACUUCUCGAAGCCAGAAUGGCGAACGCUCGCCUGAUGGAAGACAAUGAAAGCUAUCAGCUGCUACUGAGCGAGAAGACCCUCAAUGGCGAUUUUGCAAAGAGCGACUUUUUGCACGACGCCGCUCCCGACACGAAACAAGCCGGCAGCAACUUGGGAUCUCUUGCAGACGAACUGGAGUCGGUCGGUGAGGGGGGUGACAGUGAUACCAGGAAGCUUGAGGCUGAAGUAAAGGCACUCAAGGAUCAGAACAAGGCCUUGUCUCUCUACAUUGAGAGAAUCAUAGGCCGUCUGUUGCAACAUGAAGGUUUCGAAUCAAUCCUCGACAAGGAUGAAAAGGAUCCUCCGCCUAAGCCCCAAAACCCGCAGGCUAAGGAUGAUCAGGCUGCCCAGACAUCAUUCUUGCAGAAAGCCAAAUCUGUCGUUGCACCCGCGCCUGCGCCUGCGCCUAAGGGCAAUAAUAAACCGAACCACAGGCAUCGUCCUAGCAGCUUCGUCCCGCCACCGUACAUGGGACCCACGCCUCACGAGAACCCGUUGACGGCCCCUAGCAUUCCUCUUGGUCGUUCUCAGUCUACACGAAAUGGUCACCGCAGGACUAGAUCUGACCAGGCCGAUGGAGCUGCAGCCGCGGUGGUUGGACACAUGUAUCGGGGCAGUGGUGUCGGUCGAAGCACCUCUGGUGGUCCGAUAAGCCCGGGGAUCAGCCCAACCACGAUGGGCCCAGGUUCUCGCCAGAGCGGCCUCUUCUCGGGAGCGAGCUUCGUGUCCAGCAGUGCUGGUGCACGCACGCCCUCCCUUUCCAGUCAACCGGAUCGGAAGAGAAUGAGCGGAUCUAACAGCGUAACCAGUGAGUCAAACGGUGACGUUGGCUCUACGGAGGGAACCUCAAGUCCUCCUCGCUCGAUUAGUGGAGGAAUGACCAACUAUCCUGGAGCUGUCAUGACGCAGAACAAACUACGACCCCUCCGGCUCGUUCAAGAAAACAAAGAGAGCGAAGAAGACGAGGCCGCCAGAAAGAAGGCAAACCGAGGAAGCUGGGUCUCCUGGUUCAACCGCGGCAGUACUGACGAGACUGCGAAGAACUGAUUACCAACGAUCGUCCUAUAACAUGCGAACGUUUCAACGAGUUUCUGAUAUAUAUUGACGCUUCCGACGCGGCUCUCUAUGAUGUUGACAUAAGAUUG